AUGAGGAUAUUUUCUGGAAUCCAGCCAACAGGAACUAUGCACAUUGGGAACUACCUAGGAGCAAUCAAAAAUUGGGUUUCACUUCAGGAGGAAAGUGAAGGUGCUGUGAUAUAUAGCAUUGUAGACCUGCACUCCCUUACACUCCCUCAAGAUCCUGCUAGUCUGCAACAAAGUAUCAGAAAUAUGGCAAUUUAUCUUCUGGCUUGUGGAGUUGAUCCAGUAAAAAGCAUCCUCUUCCAGCAGUCUCAGGUAAGCCUAUAUGAUUAAAGAUUUCAGAGCACCAAUUUUAACACUCAGUCUAACGUUAACUAGAUGGCCCUGUUAUGACAGGGACUACACUGUACAUCAGAGGUACCUCUGAAACUAUCGUACGUAUUCUACAAAUUACCUUACAACAUGCACGUUGCACGCAAACCGAUAACCACUUUACGACAUCUUCUUACUAAUGUCAAGAACAAAGACAGACUGGAGGACAGACAGGGAGCAGUACUAUACAAGAUCAAAUGCUGCGACUGCCAGGCUACUUACAUUGGUGAGACUGGCAGAAACCUUAGCACACGACUGACUGAACACAAAUGAGUGACAAGAAAUGGUGAUGUCAACUGUCACAUCGCUGAGCACCAUUUACAAACGAAACAUCAAAUCGACUUGGACUCUGCAACAUGCAUAACAUAUUCUACAGACUACUAUCAAUGACUCACUUUAGAAAGCUGGUUUACAAACUUAGAACAAAUGCCACUGAAUUGCAGUCAACAAUUUAUUACCAGCACCGUACAAAUGACUUAUUGACGGACUCAAACAAAACUGACAAUGACAGAAUGACUGAUGAGCAACAAUUUGACUCACAAUAAAUGACUGUCCAACUGUGAAAAAAAGAUGGAUCGAAACGCACCAAUGACAUUUGAGAGUCUUUUUAGCCAAUAACAUCACAGCUUAACUGACAAAUGACCAAUAACACCGUGACUUAAUUGACCAGUCAGGUCAACAACCAGAGUUUAAUACCAUCAACUGACAAGAUACAACUCACUUUGAUUCUGAAGAUGACCACAGCACAGGUUGUUGAAACAUCCGUCACUGUCAACAACAGGAGUAUAUUCACCCAAACAAUCAUACUUAACCUACUUAUGGAAUGACUCUUGAGUUGAGACCUUUCACAUUUUCAUUGUAACUGCUGAGAGCUAUUGUAGGUCAGCUGAAAGUGCAAGCAAAUUCUCAGCUGGUGGAGCAAGAAAAAGGCUUCCAAAUUCUUCUUCUCCCUCUCUCUUAAUGUCAGUUCCCUUGCCUGUAUCUCUGAGAGCUUGCUUUCAAGCUUCUGGCAAUAAUCAUUCAAGCAGUAUUGGGAUACCACUCUAUUCUCUGUGUGCUUCAAUACAAUACAUUAAUCUCAGAAUUCUCCCUACACUGUAAUUUCUCCUCCCAGACAUUAAAAAAGAUACUUCUGUCAAUGCAGAUAAUCAUUAGUUUCAGAGCCUUUAAAGAUUACAUUGCCCACCAUCUAUUUAGGGCUUAAAACACUUGAAUUCCAGCUUGUCAUUUUGGCAAGCAGCUCUCACAUUUAACUUCAACCUGGGGCCACUUCCUACUCGUCUUAGUUAAAUGAUUUUGUCAGAGGAUGACUUGGACCCUUGGCCAUUGGAAAAGUAAGUUUCAAAAGUUACUUGGCCUGCAUGAAAGUCCACGUCCCGGACUACCGACCGGAUAGGACGUUCUUCAAGCUCUGCAUCUCUCCUUAUUAUUUUGUUUCAUUGUAUGAAAGGUAUCCCAGCAUGUAGAGUUGGCUUGGAUUUUAGGCUGCAUGGCUCCCACAGGUUUUUUAAAUCGCAUGCACCAGUGGAAGGUAAUGUGUGGCCAUUAUUUCAUUGCUCAUUUAAUGUGACAAAAUGUAAUUUAGGCAAAGUUAAACUUGAACCAAUAAUGCUGGUCAGCAGUUUCUCCAAUUUUGCAUGGGGUGGCCCCUAUGCCCUGAGCGGGCACACCUAACGACUUGUAUACACAGUUGCUUGAUUGAAGUUCACUCAAAGUGUCUUUUGCUAUAUAUAGUUUUUUGUUUCUUGUUUGCCGUUUUAGUGCUGUGUUUCUGCCAGCCCUUCUCCAUAUUUAGUUAGGGGAUUGAUAAGUGUUAGUAGGUAGUUAUUCCACUGAGCAAUUAAGUAUGAUGGUGCCUGGUGGGUGCUGCUCGCAGCAUUGCCAUGGAUACCUCCUUUCUCAUGCUAGAGCAUUGACAUGCACAUGACUUUGUUUUCCAAUUUUUUUUUUCAGACAAAAGGAAAUGAAAACAAGGAACAAAGUUGCUUAGGACUCUAUUCAUACCCUGUUUUAAUGGCAGCCGACAUUCUCCUUUACAAGUAAUCUUGAUCAUUAUGAAUUUGCAAAGUUAGACAUAAUUCUCAUUUUUAUCUGUCAAGUGAGCAUCUAUACCUGCAUGAGUCUUGUGCCUGCCGACUAAAGACAUUGAUCUCUGCCACACAUCAAGGGCACUUUCUCAAGCCUUAACCAAUAUUCAAAUUCAAUUUCCCCAGAUAUUCCAAAAAGGCGCUUAAUGUUGUCUUUGUAUUCUAACAGUAUCACAUUAUGCUAAUAUUGUCGCCUUUUAAAUAGCUUUGGAAGUGCUCAAAGGUCAUCGGAACAUCUUCAGGGUAACGUUCACAAAUCUUUGGAAGUGGGCGGUACAUUUUUGGAGAUCCCAGUCGUCACAAGAUAAAAAUCUCAUGCAUCUGACUCAGAAAAAGUUGGCAGGUAGAACUGAGUGGGAAUUCUGACAGAUAUUAAUUUAUUAACCAUUUACCCAUUUGAAUUUUCUUCAGAGCCACACAUGUUCCAAUUGGAGAAGACCAACUUCAACACCUGGAACUUGCCAGAGAACUUUGCCGACUGUUUAACAGCAAAUAUGGAGUCUUUUUUCCUGUUCCCAAGGCUAUACUAGGUAAAGCAUUAAUUUUUAUGUCUGUUAUCUGUGAACCAGCUAUUUAAGGUGACUCGACCCAGUUUUUUUUUUUUUUUUUUUUUUUUUGAGGGGGGGGGGGUACCAUCCUACUUUGAAGCUCUCUGGUAUCCCCACCUUUACUUUUAUCGUAAGUCUAACACAUAGAAUGGAUAACAUGAUUAUAGAUCAAUCUACAAUAUAACUUAAAAUUUUGGGGGAUCAAAGUAAAUGUCACGUGGUUAUAAUGCCACGCCCCUUUGAGGUCUGAGUCGAAAAUCUGCUGUUGCCGCCAUUUUUUCGUGAAAAUCUCUCUGCUACACAUAGUGCGCAUUAGUGCCUUGCGCUGAACAGAGUUUCACCAAAAUCGCGAAGACCCAAUUCGAGAAAUUCAGUGGUUUUCAAAUUUAGGUCAUAAUUUAUGCGAAAAUGAUAAGCAAACUUAACACAAUUAUAUCUAAUAAACUAUGAGAUUCAUCCCUUUAUUUUAGGCAUCGUUAUAACAGAUGGGUCCUUGCAAGUUAGCAAAACGCUUUAGGGCCUUGUAACUGCGCGCGAUUUCGAGCAAAGCAAACAUAUAGAAACUAUAGUUUUCGCUAUCUGUUGAUGUUUGUCAGCAUUUAAGAGUUCUUGUCACGAAAAAAGCAUUUUCUUAAAAAUUCGUACUUUUUUUUCCUUCAAAUUUUUCCAGGGCCACAAUUGAUUAACUAACUACCCGGACUCUGAAUUUCAUGGUCAUUGAAAAACUGUGACAUUAUCUUCUAUAAGCCCAAACUUGAGUAAACAUUGAAGAUUUUUAGCAUUUUGGCUGAGUUUGUGCUUUGGGAGUUGUCUAUUGUUUCUAGUCUGUCAUUAUACAGCAUUCUUGUUCAGCACGCGUACAUUGACCGGGCUUGGCUGACUUCCGAAUGCUCACCGAGAUAUGAUAAUUUUGGUACAAUGAGACAGGCCAUCAUGUGAUACAUAGAGGUUUAACUCACAAUUUUUAAUCAAUUCUCGUGCUUCUUGUGCCUUUGCGAAAAAAUCAAGAAGUGCUACACACUAAAUCUACUUACUAUUAAAAAAAUAUCAUUUUUCCAUAGGUUUAAUCCAAGCCAACUCCCGUCACGAGUUGGUUUAAUUAUUAAACCAACUCGUGACAGGAAUCCCUUCUAUUUUCUCAUGAAUACUAAAUUAUCAUAUCUCGGUGAGCAUUCAGAAGCCAGCCAAGCGCAGUUAUUGCACGCGUGCUGAACAAGAAUGCUGUAUAAUGACAGACUAGAAACAAUAGACAACUCCCAAAGCACAAACUCAGCCAAAAUGCUAAAAAUCUUCAAUGUUUACUCAAGUUUGGGCUUAUAGAAGAUAAUGUCACAGUUUUUCAAUGACCAUGAAAUUCAGAGUCCGGGUAGUUAGUUAAUCAAUUGUGACCCUGAAAAAAUUUGAAGGGAAAAAAACUACGAAUUUUUGAGAAAAUGCUUUUUUCGUGAGAAGAACUCUUAAACGCUGACAAACGUCAACAAAUAGCUAACACUAUAAUUUCUAUAUGUUUGCUUUGCUCGAAAUUGUGCGCAUUUACAAGGCCCUAAAGCUUUUUGCUGACUUGCAAGGACCCAUCUGUUAUAACGAUCCCCAAAAUAAAGGGAUAAGUCACAUAGUUUAUUAGAUAUAAUCUUGUUAAGUUUGCUUAUCAUUUUCGCAUAAAUUAUGACCUAAAUUUGGAAACCGCUGUCAAAUUUUUUGAAUUGGGUCUUUGUGAUUUUGGUGAAAAACUCUUUUCAGCACAAGGCACUAAUGCGCACUAUGUGUAGCCGAGAGAUUUUCACGAAAAAAUGGCGGCAACAGCAGAUUUUCGACUCAGACCUCAAAGGGGCGUGGCAUUAUAACCACAUGACAUUUACUUCGAUCGCCAAAAAUUUUAUGUUAUAUUGUAGAUUGAUCUAUAUUUUAUCCAUUCUGUGUGUUAGACUUGCGAUAAAAGUAAAGGUGGGGAUACCAGAGAGCUUCAAAGUAGGAUGGUACCCCUCCCAAAAAAACUGGGUCGAGUCACCUUAAUGAGAAUGCUCAGGUCCUGUGUCUGACAGGAAAUGAUUUGUGUGAGAAAACAGCUGUGGCCAGCCUGUAGCACACGUGUGAAACCAAGCUUUGCCGUGCUACAUGAUUAAGUAAAACUUGACGUCAGAGACCAAAUCGUGCUAUAGUUGUGCUAGAGUCAUGCUGAACUCGAACCAGCUUAAAACAGCGGUAGCAUGAUGUUUGACUUAGGCCUGAAAGUGUUGUGAUGCUACCACUGGUUUCCCCGCAAACUGGAAACGAGUGCAGAAAUUCCAUACUGACUACGUGUCACUACUCAGAUAUGGGUAGUGCUUCUGAUUGGUUGAAGCAAAUUUCCCUCACAGUACCAUUAUUUUCUGCUUCUUUCUUGCAGGUAACUUUAAACGUGUGAUGAGCCUUAGAGAUGCCACAACAAAAAUGAGUAAAUCAGAUCCCCAGGAAGUGUCCAGGAUUGAAUUGUCAGAUUCACCAGAUAUCAUAAAGACAAAGAUACAAAAAGCAACAACAGACUCUGAAAAACACAUCAGUUAUGAUCCACAAAACAGACCAGAAAUGUCAAAUCUUAUAAACAUUUAUGCGGAAUUUAGUGGCUUGUCACAUCAACAAGUCUGCGACAGAUAUCAAAACAUGGAGAAGUGCAAAAAAGCUUUCAAAGCAGACUUGACAGAGUUAAUAGCAUCCAAGCUCAGCUUUGUACGAGAUAACAUAAGCAAAAUUCAACAGGAUGAGAGCUAUGUUGACAGUGUUCUGAGUACUGGGGCUCUCAGAGCACGAAACAUUGCUGAAGCGAACUUGCAAGAAAUUAAGCAUAUGAUCGGCCUUAGAUAGCCGGGUAUUAAUUUUUUUCUGUGUCACUGAUUUCUAGUGCUCAUUAUGAUGGUUAUAGUUUGGGCCAUCAUUGACAUUCCUAAUUAAUUACUAAUGUCAUCUCCGCCAAUCAGUAUUUCGCAUCGACUUAUUCGAGACGUAGGUUCAGGUUCUCCUUCCUUUUCCCGCCCCGCCGCCAGAGCGCCCCGGAGAACUUGCUCGCAAGCUACUCCAGCACUAACAUUGUCACUAGGUUUUUACAAAAAUUGGGGCAAAAUGUUGGGUUAGGAGAGGGUAGGGUACGUGAGCAGUUACUCAGAAUCGUACAGUGAACCACAGUCUCUUUCUAAUAUUACGAAAAAAAUUUCCACUUACU